ACAGAGAAAAUUCAGAAUUAUGAUAAUUAAGUUAGAUAAUUCAUAGAAAUAUACUGUGACUGUUUCUUCAUUUCCAUAUCUCGAAGUUACUUGAGGGAAAUGCGCAUUUCGAUAGGAAAAUAUAAAUAUUACUUAAUCAUUAAUAGAUAAAUUGACUAAUUUAAUAUGUGAAAAAAGACACGACAUAAAUUGGGGAAAGAAAAACCGCUCCGUUAAAUUCAAUGAGCGAGACAAGUUUAUCACCCCCGAUCGAUCCCACAAUAUUCCCGAGGACAUUACACUUGCUCACGAUUGUAUUCAUCGAGGGGAUGCUGCAGGAUCGUUCAACGAAAUUCGUGCAUCAACAGGCGCAACAGUUGGCACUAGCGAAAAUUCACAAUCGGGAAAAUCUCAUGCGCAAUGAAAAUGCGAGCAAGUGAGACGACGAUAGGUAGAAAACUCUGACGGACAUGCGUAAGAUUCGUCGGAUAUAUCCAGAGGUCUCAGACUAGUCUCAUUCAAACGACGUCCGUCGACGGACGCGCGCGGUUCCACUGAGAACGAUCCCCUAGACAUUAGAAUAAUCACCAAUUAAUCAACCUCCAGCUGGAAAAAAUUAAACAAAUAAAUAUACACCAAUUUUCAAUAGAAAUUUUUGCUUACGAUAAUCCCUCAAUUUCUUUAAUCCCUUUAUAAAUGAAAGUAGAUAAAUCACCGAGCUGCAGAAAGAGGAAUUUUUUCGAUCUCACUUACUUCCUGCAAAACAGAUAGUGCUACAACCUUCGUUGCAUUAUCAACAGUCCUGUAAACAGCAGUAACAAGUUGCAGUCUCGCAUUCAAUGACUUUUUCCACUCGAAAUAAGUGAAACGUACUAUUAUUAUCACAGUGGUACUGGUGUUUCACGUUAUCACUGUAAUCAUUAUUACGAUAAACAGAAUCGAUGGUAUUGUAUCAGUUUGUUGGGAAUAAAAAUAAAAUGAUACAACUGAUCUUCACGGAGUAGUGACUGGUGAAUCGAUGAGGUAGGACUAUUUUCCGGGUACUCAUUGUUGAUAUUUAUCAUUGUAAUAAGGAGUUGUGAGGGAGAAAAAUGAAAUGCUGAAAGCACCUGGGGGCUCACUGUGAUUUAUACGACGGGCAUUUAGGACCUCUUGCACUCGUGACCAACGAUUGACUCUGUCGUGGAAUAAUAAUCUUUCAAUUAUGGUGAGUAAUUUACAUAACUCGGUAUCCAUUGACUUUAUCAAAUUCAUCAAUAGCAAGAUUGACUUGGAGGAAAACGGAAUAUAUGAAUAUUCAUGGGAUAUUUCAGAAUGCUCGGCUGAAUUCUUAAACAUUCCGUCGUUCACUGCAGAAACAUCUGUUCGAGAAACCAAGAGCACGACGAGAGAAAAUACAGGCGCCAUGGCCAACCACAAUACAAUUGAUUUCAAUAGUCCAACGAUUCAGGAGCAACUGCGAGAACUUGGAGCCCGAAAAUGCCACAAUGGAUCUAUUCCAAGUCCAGGUUGGUGUUCGGAGACGUGGGAUGGAAUUCUCUGCUGGCCAGCAACAGCCCCGGGGGAUCUCGCUGUCCAAUCCUGUCCGAGGUACAUCGCAGGAUUCGAUUUACAGGCGAAUGCAUCCCGUCAGUGUUUGCCCGACGGCCAGUGGUUCAUGAAGUCAGAGACAAACAGCACGUGGAGCAACUACACCCAGUGCUAUGCAACCCAGUAUGUCACUGUGCUCAUGGACAUAACGGAAAUACAGGAACGCAAUGCUACUUUGAUAAAGAAAUACCUGCCGAUCGUCACGAAGACAUCGACAAUCGGAUACGCCGUGUCCUUCUCGACUCUUCUCUUCGCCUUCCUGAUCCUCGCCACAAUCAAGAAAUUGCGUUGCCCAAGGAAUAUGCUCCACCUCCAUCUAUUCGCCUCAUUCAUGACUCGUGCCUUCAUGGCACUUCUCAAAGACGUUCUCCAUGUCUCUGGUCUUCGUCUCGCAUCAGAUCUCAUCACAAAAAAUGGUGAGAGUUUCUGGCGAGAGGAUGCGAUAAUGGAGCACAUCGAUAACAAUUGGCAAUGUAAAUUAUUCACCAGCCUGUGGCAGUAUUUCAUUCUCGCGAAUUAUUCAUGGAUUCUCAUGGAAGGCCUUUAUCUCCAUAAUCUCGUAUUUUUCGCACUGUUUACGGACUCAAACUCGAGCAUCAUGGGUUACGUUCUGCUCGGAUGGGGAUUACCAGCGAUUUUUGUCAUUCCCUGGGUGAUCGUCCGGGCUCUCUACGACGACAAUUACUGCUGGACAACGAAUGUCGUACCAGAGCUCUUUCUCAUUAUUCGUAUACCCACCACAUUAUCUAUUCUCAUCAAUUUCGUACUUUUCAUUAAUAUCGUGAGGGUUCUACUCUCGAAAUUGAAAUCAACGGUCUGCGAAGAGACUCAGAGAUAUAAGAGAUGGGCCAGGAGUACAUUAGUGCUUGUUCCACUAUUCGGCGUUCAUUACACAGUUUUUCUGGUGCUCUGGUAUAGCAUGGGAACUGAUCAAAGGGUGGAACUCAUUUGGCUAUUUGGGGAUCAAUUAUUCGCCUCUUUCCAGGGUUUCUUCGUGGCAGUUUUGUAUUGUUUUUUGAACGGAGAAGUGAGGACUGAGCUUGCGAGAGUCCUGAGGAGCAAAAAGUGGCCGAGAUUGCGAGGCAGAUGGGGCCCUCGGCACUCAACUCGUUCAAAUAGCGCGUGCAGCUGCAAUGGAAAAUCGGGAAAAUCGAGAAAAUCCUGGUGGAAAACACCCUGGCUCGGAUUAUUCCACCAGAGUACAAUUCACCGAUCAACCCACUCGAUGGCGAGUACACAAGACGUUGCGACAAGAGGUGGUAGUUUAGCGAGCAGCCGGGGAUAUCUUGAUAGUGUCGGUGUUGGACCGGGAAUUCUAGAUUCCCAUGAACAUCCAACUACUCACACCUCACCUUUGUGCAGCAAAUACACGGAUCACUCGGUCCUCUCAUUCUGCUCUCAUAUGUCCGACGUGUCUACCUAUCCAAUCCGAAUGAUGGAGAAGACAGAGAAACCUCCUGAGCACCGUUGCAGUGCAGACUUUGAGUGCUGCAGUUUGGCAUUCGAAUUGCAUAAUUAUCCGCACGAGAUUCCUUGAUUAACCGACCCGAGGAGAGCACGUACCAUCAUUGUUCAAAAUACGAGGCACAAAGCCCCAGAAGGUUGCAUCUCGGCGUUGUGAUCCAUCGAGGAGGAAAAUAUUCCAACCGACAAACCUCAGACAUAACUUUUUUUUAUAUAUAUAUUCCAAAGGAUUCGCUGGCGAAUCUGAAUAAUCAGGCAUAAACAGAGCUUCGUACCAGGAGUGCUCACCAUUUUUACUCCCAAUGCCUCGCAUCUAUGUCCAAAGUAAUGUUGUAUUAUUAAUUAGUAAUGGUAAUUGAAAAUUGUCCAGUUUCACCGCUGGCACCGGUCGAUUAUUCAACAGUCAUUCCAAAGAUUUUUCUAAUAUUCGAUGGGAAGUAAGUGUUACCUCAGAUUUGACGUGUACCUAAUAACUGUCUUAAUUAAUUAUUGAUUACAAUGGCGAUUUUACAGAUGCUCUCUAAUAUAAUUGUCAGGAAUUUUUCAUGAUAGACGAUACGAAUUGUCAUAUGUUCAACGAAAUUCAUAUUUUACAAUA